ACCUCGAAGAAGAAGAAGGCGAAGAAGAAGAAGAACAACAGCAACAAGAAUAAGAAUAAGAAAUACGCACCAGAAGGUUGCGGUAUUCUGGGCGGUACAUACUUUUAGUUUGGUUUAAUUCUAUAAUUCAGUUUCGCCUUUUAGCCAGUUACAGAGUUUUAGCACAGCCAGAAUUUGGCUCGUUAUUUUUCUUAGUUCGGCCCAGCUCUUGUUAGCUUAGCCACCUCGUAUCAGCUACCUGAGUCAGAAUGAAGCCUCCGCCUCGUGCUCGAGUUAAACCGAAUUGCAGCUUGACGAGUGAAUCUGAGAAUCGUUCCGGUAAAGUGGCCCGUAGGUGGCAGCGAGCGGAACAGAAGAAACUCCUGAGGGCUCUGCAAAGACUCCCUAGGACCACUGGAGCCAAGGGAGACAUUGACUGUGCUGUUCUGGCAAAAUAUGUGCCUACUCGGUCCAUUUCAGAGAUCCACUCUGUGGUAGAAUCUCUAAAGAACAAAGUGAUCUCAAGUGCCAGCAUGAAGUGGAAGAGGAAGAUGUGGGAGGAGAAGAAGGUCAGAAAGCCCAUUGAGGAUUGGACAAACAUGGCUUCUGCUGUGACUGGAACCCUUGAAGAAGCCAUUUCUAAAGCCUUCUCUCAGAUGCUGACAGUGUCAUCCACAGAGCCUCGCACUCUGAGGAACUGUGACCCUCCUCAGGUCCACAGACCUCCCUCAGAUUGCAAGCCAGUUGGUCGCACUAUCCCAAUGAGACCAAUGCCUCGUCAGCCAGUCAAAGGUGUGCAUCCUGGCACCAACACAUCCAAUCCACGCGUCCUAUUCAAGACUCCGGCACCAACCAUGGGCCCAGCUAGAAGACUCCACGCACAAUCCCAAGUGGUUAGAAUGCCAAACAGCAAAAUCUGCCCACCCCAGCAACAGCCUUCUCCCACAGCUGGACGUUCACCUGCUGCCACUUCUACAUCUCAGUCUCAGAACUCAGAGCAACCUACCACCAUCUCCAGCUCUUCUGCCUCUAAAUCUAUGUCUUCCAGUUCUCACACAACCCUCCCCUCCUCUGCCAAGAACCUCACCCCAGUUGUCAGUACUGCAUCAUCGACUGCCACUUUGUCCGGUUCAGCCCCUUCCAGCUGCUCCUUUACCCACCCCACACCCCCACUGUCUUCCACCGCUGCUGCAUUUCAUAGCAAGUUUGGUCGAACUAGCAAAUACGCCACAAAAGACAGUCCCAGGACAUUUGGUGUCCAGUGCGUAGUGGACUUUGAGAGGAUCUACCGCUUCCUGAGUGUAAUCCACGAUCCCAGUGAGAAAUGUCAUCUCACCUCCAUGGAGAGUGCUAUUGUGUUAGAUCUGUUGAUGUCUCUCCCAGAGCAACUUCCCCUGCUGGACUGCAACAAACUGCGCAAACAUCUGAUCCAGGUGCAUCAGUGUCUCUCAGCCCCUCCUGACUCCCAGAGGGCAAAGGAAAUGUUCCAAAACCUGAAUAAUGGAUUCUCUGCUAUGACAGAAUCACAGAGCUCAUCAGACCUCAACAGGAAAGUCAGUAAUCAGAACACUGCUGUGACUGACGACAGCACUGAUGUUUCGGAACGUGGAAAUGAGAAACUGAAGCUACAUGAAACUGAGAGCCAAUCAUCAGGGAGCUCUAACACAUCAGGGGAUGCAGACAUGACGGGAUGCUGCCCUCCUCUUAACCCUUUUAUGGUGCCACUGAAGCUGUUAAUGAAUAGAGAGGUUCACAGUUAAGAAAACAAAUGUGCAAUGUCCUUUAGAGUGUACUUAAGACACAAUUUGCCCAUGUUCAUUAUUUCAAAGUCUGCUAUUUUACUGAUUAAGAAGUUGAGACAAAAAUACUUUUGUUUUUGUUUGUACCAUUGUACUGAUUACCUGCCAUGGUCCUUCAAGUAUCGCAACCUGGCAUUGAAUGCCAGCUCAGGUUUUAUUUUCUAUAGUCAAAGUUGUUCAGCUGUUUUUGAUAAGACAAUAAUAAAUACUAACACAUUCAA